UGUGACCACAUGAGAAAGUGCUAAUUGUGUCUCCAGCCGAGAGAGUGGUUGUGUGAAGCUGUGCGAUGACCCAGUGACCCCGAUGUCAUUGACUGUCUUUAUGUCCCUGUUCCCUCCUCAACCGUGCCCAGCCAGGAGCCGAUACGGGGCGGGCAACAGUAGGGUGAGAAUUGCUCACGCUGAGGCCAUUUGUGAGUUCGAGGGUUUCUGGAAGCUUAUGGUUGUGAGGUCUCUGUGGCUGACUGCUCCCUCUACUUGUAGCCACGGGGUCCCAGAUUCCCUAGAAAUGGCCCCUCCCGAUGUGGGACGAUAGAAAGGUGAGUCCCAGACUAAAGAUUUCAGAUAAAGAAACGUGUCUCCAAGUCGCGACCUGAUCUCAGAAUGAGAAUUGUAGAGCCAGAAGCAGCCCCAAGUUCGGGGGGCUGAGAAGAAAGGAGGGAAAAAUCGAGGUAGUAAGAUGCCGCUCUCUCCCCUCAGGAGUCCACCUGGGGAGCCCUUGGGGAUUCUCGACCUCCUGUGGUGCCCAGAGAGGGCCGCUUUGCCCAAGUCUCCCUCUGACCUUCCGCUGAAUGGCUGCUUUAGCUCAAGGGAGUGGAAGUAGAAGAUGUCUAACAAGUCAGGCUGGCCUCAAAGAAAGGCUUGGUGUCUCAGGAUUCAUUAUCCCUUACCUACUAAUGGCCUUCUCCUACACAGGCGACCAGAGAGCAAGGGAAGAGCAACUGUUGGACAACUGAGAGUUUUAUCCGAGGACUCUGCACUUCUGCACGAGAAGAAGCCAGAGGAGGACUCAUAAGUUGCAUUUCUGAGCCAUGCCCCAUAGGUUAGUGUUGUUCGAGGAUGUGGCUGUAGACUUUUCUCAGGAGGAGUGGGAAUGCCUGGAUUUGGAACAGAAGGAUUUGUACAGAGAUGUGAUGUUGGAGAACUACAGCAACCUGGUCUCACUGGGAUUUUCCAUUUUUAAGGCAGAUGUGCUGUCCUUAUUGGAGCAAGGGAAGGAACCCUGGAAGGUUGUGCAGGGUGUGACAAGAAGUCAGAGCUCAGACUGUGGAUCCAGCUGUGAGACCAAGAAUCUAUCAUCAAAAGGAGAAAUUUGUGAAAUAGAAUCAUCUCAAUGGGAGAUAACAGAACAACUUGCAAGCCAUAAGUGUGAGUAUAAAAGUUUUCAAGAUGAUAGGGAAUGCAAAGACCAGUUUGAAAGCCAAUUAGGAAAUAAAGAGAAACUUUUCAGUCAGUUAGUCAUCACUUAUGAAGAAAUUUCCAAUUUUAGCCAGAUCACAUCCCUUACAUUAAAACAGAGAAUUCAUUCUACUGAGAAAUCCUAUGAAUGUAAAGCGUGCAGAAAAUACUUCAUCCAUGGCUUUCAACUGACUGAACAUCAGAAAAUUCAUUCUGAUGAAAAAUUCUAUGAAUGUAAAGAAUGUGGAAAGGCCUUUAUUCAAGGCUCACAACUUACUUACCAUCAGAGAGUUCAUGUUGCUAAGAAACCCUACGACUGUAAGGAAUGUGGAAAAGCCUUUAUUUGUGCCUCGCAACUUACUUAUCAUCAAAGAAUUCAUACUGGGGAAAAACCUUAUGAAUGUAAAGAGUGUGGGAAGGCCUUUAUUCGUGGCUCUCAUCUUACCCAGCAUCAAAGAAUUCAUACUGGUGAAAGAUCGUAUGAAUGUGAUGAAUGUGGGAAGGCCUUUUUUCGUGGCUCCCAACUUACUUACCAUCAGAGGGUUCAUACCGCAGAGAAACCCUAUCAAUGUAAGGAAUGUGGAAAGGCCUUUAUUCGUGGCUCCCAACUUACGGAGCAUCAGAGAAUUCAUACUGGUGAGAAACCCUAUGAAUGUACGAAAUGUGGGAAAGCUUUUAGUUAUGGCUCACAGCUUACUCUACAUAAUAGACUUCAUACUGGUGAAAAACCCUAUAAAUGUAAAGAUUGUGAGAUGUCCUUUAUUCGUGGCUCACAACUUACUGAACAUCAGAGGAUCCAUACAGGUGGGAAACCACAUGAAUGUAAGCAGUGUGGAAAGGCCUUUAACUAUGGCUCACAGCUUAUUCGACAUCAGAGGAUUCAUACUGGUGAGAAACCCUAUGAAUGUCAAGAAUGUGGGAAGUCAUUUAUUCGUGGCUCACAACUUACUGAACAUGAAAAAAUUCACACUGGUGAAAAACCCUUUGAAUGUAAGGAAUGUGGGAAAGCUUUUAUUCGUAGCUCACAUCUUACUCAGCACCAGAGGAUUCAUACUGGUGAAAAACCCUAUGAAUGUAAAGAGUGUGGGAAGGCCUUUAUUUAUGGCUCACAGUUGACUCAACAUCAGAGAAUUCAUACAGGUGAGAAUCCCUAUGAAUGCAAGCAGUGUGGGAAAAUCUUUAUUUGUGCCUCACAACUUACUCUACAUCAGAUUUUUCAUACUGGUAAGAAACCAUAUGAAUGUAAGGAAUGUGGUAAGGCUUUUAUUCGUGGCUCACAGCUAACUUACCAUCAGAGAGUUCAUACUGGUGAGAAGCACUAUGAAUGUAAUGAAUGUGGGAAAGCCUUUAUUCGUGGUUCACAUCUUACUCAGCACCAGAGAAUUCAUACUGGUGAGAAACCGUACAAAUGUAAUGAAUGUGGGAAGGCCUUUAAUCGUGGCUCACAACUUACUCAACAUCAAAGAAUUCAUUCUGGUGAGAAGCCUUAUAAAUGUAAUGAAUGUGGCAAGGACUUUAGACGUCAUUCACACCUUACUCAACAUCAUAAACUUCAUAAUGGAGAAAAACUGCACCAAAAUCUUAGUUUGGUACAUCCUUUACCUGUCUGUCCAUGACAUUCAGCUUUGGAAUGUUUGAAAAUUCAGAUUAUUAAUGUGGGAAUCCUUGUUUAUUUUCACUCAUAAGUAAUUCACUUUCAGAGAAUUCACAGUGAGAAAGGAUAGAUUAAUAUAAAUGCAGAAUCACUUUUCAUUAUAUUUCAUUCUUUGUUAGACAUUAGUGAAUUCAUUAUAAGAUCACAACCCUAAAAUGUAGGCUUCUCUUGUUCAGCAUCAUUCUCUUCAGCAUCAUCUGAGCUCUACCAUUUACCAUGUGUGUGUUCCUUUGGGAAAGUUACCUAACUUUUAGUUUGCUCAUUUAUAAAACAUUAAUAUCAUAUUUCUCAUCAUAGUGUUUUGCAAUUUAAAGGAGUAAAUACAGAUAAAGCCUUAAAGCAAUGUGUAAUACAUAGUUUAUGCUUAAUAAAUGUUAGCUAUUAUUGUAAACAUUUUUAUUUGGUAUUUUAAUCAUAUAUCAUUACAGAA